AUGAGUAUUAUUGCUCUUUUCAAAAAUUGUUAUGAACAUUUUAAAGGAAAGUUUUCAAAAAAUUAUAUUCCAGCUUAAACACCAAAAUUAUUUACUUAAAAGAAAGCAUUGGUUCUAGAUUUAGAUGAAACAUUAGUGCAUUGUGAAUUCAAGGAAAAUGAAAAUUUUCAACAUGAAGCCUUACUUAAAGUCAUACAUAGAGGAUAAGAAUACAAAGUAUAUUUAAAAGCUAGACCUUACUUAAAUCAAUUUUUAUUAGAAGCAAGCAAAGAUUAUGAAAUUUUUAUUUUUACUGCAGGUUAUGAAGCUUAUUGUUAAGAAGUAUUAAGUUUUAUAGAUAAAAAAAAAAUAAUUACUGAUUAUUUUGCAAGAGGAAGCUGUCACUUCAUAGAUGGGAUUUGUUACAAAGAUCUAUUAUUAAUAGAUAGGCCUUUGGAAGAUAUAAUCUUUAUUGAUGUAAAUAAAAAACAAUAAUUAGAAUAAUCCAAAUGCUUUUAUCAAGUACUAGAACAAUGGAUUAUUAAUUCCAUCAUUUUUAGAUUCAAAUGAUGAUGAUUGUCUUUUUAAAUUAAUUCCAUUUUUAAAAUAUAUGGCUAAAAAAAAAGAUGUUAGGCCAGUGGAAUAGCAUUUAAGAAAUUAUGAAGAUAAGAAUGGUACAUUAGUAUUCAGUGAAGCUCAAAAAACAAUAUAAUUAGAAUAAGAAGAACCAGAUGAAGAUACAUUAAGUGAAGGGAAAGUUGUAAAAAAAGAAUAAGAUGUUACAGAUUUAGAUAUCAAACAUAAAAAAACCUAAACUCAAUAAGAAACUGUUAGCAAGUUCAAAAGUAAAAUAAGAAGUGCUACCUUAUUUUCCAGUUCACAUAUUAAGUGA